AUGAAGAGGUCGCAAACGGUGGCCGAUCUCAGCGAUCCGAGCGACGACCCGGUCGAUAUCAAGCGCGUUCUGAACAGGGUCAAAGGUCGAGCAGGAAAGGAGGUAGCGGGUCAGGGGAAGAGGGUGACGAGGUCGAUGUCGGGCGGCGGCGAUGCAGGUCGAGGGGGCCAAGGCGAAAGCGAGAAGGGUAAAGGGGUGGAGAGGAGAAGCGCUGGUCGACCACGAGCCCGAGGAUGACAUUCUCCCCAAAUUCCCACUCUUUGAGGACGACACUACGCCAAGAGCACGUCUACAUCGUCUAUCCAAUAAUGAUCAAGCACACCAUCACCAGCUGGAACGUGAGGAGGUGCAUGGGGAUCCCGGAAAAGCGACGCAACAUUGCAUCCGCCAUUCUACUACAAGAACACUUCAUCAAACCGGAACUCUGGCAAUGUAUCAAGGACGAGUACGAGGGCAAGGUCUUCAUCAGCAAACACUGUCUGACUCUGAUCCCCGCCGACUCGCGAUCGACGCCGAGAUUUUGCGCACCCACUCGGCACUCGACGGACGAAUCCUGGUCACCUCCUUUCGACUUCGAGGCGACAUCCGGAUACUCGAGAUCAACAACAUUUCGCACCAGUCGAUACAAAACAACGACUCACAUUCUUUGACAAACUACAUUUCCACAGGACGCAGAGCACCCACCUUCGACUCCUCGGUCUCAACGACUGCCCGCUGUGAAGAGUCCACUCUCAGCUCGACAGGGGCGCUCGGUCGUUGCGCGCACUUGCUAGCCCGCCCCCGGCGGUGGGGACUUAGACGCGCGCGACUGCCUCAGCGCGCCAGCGCCGGCGGAUUCAUGCGCGCGCCCGCUAGCCCGCCCCUUGCGGUGGGGACUUAGGCGCGCCGGCGAUUUCACCCGCGGCUGACUUAGGGAUGUACAUUGUCACGCGCCUGGGACUAUCCCAGCGUGGCCCCCCCCUUUCUGUUUCUUAGCUUCCUUCUCAUCACUUCUGUUCGACUCUCAACCUCUCCUGACAGUAGUGGUGAACGUCUCAUAGGUACGCUGAAAUAGAUCACUUCUGUUCGACUCUCAACCUCUCCUGACAGUAGUGGUGAACGUCUCAUAGGUUAUAAGCCCACGAGCCACCAGCUGGCAUGACCACGACACCACCCUCGCGACGGGUGCCAACCCUCCGAUUCCCGCCGAACAGCUCGCCGCACUUCCCGCCGAACAGCUCGCCGCACUUACAUCGCUGCUGUCGGGUCUCACCGCUGCCGCUUCCGGCACUGCCACACCCGCCACGACGUCCGGCACCACUCGCACUGCCUUUCCAAAGCACGCACGCUUGGAUGGUGCGAAGACCUUCGCGAACUGGACACGCCAACUUCGCCUGUGCCUAGCGGACGACAUCCGCUCGUACGUCCUCGACGGUAUCGCACCCGACGACUGGACACCUUCGCAACGCUCCGCUCGCGACGCGUCGCUCGUGAGGUCCUUGCGAAUCGAUUGACUCGGCGAAGUCUCGGCAGUCCUCGACAAAAAUCCCUACCGCCGACCUGACAGCGCCGACAAUCUACUCGACGCUGAAAUCGCGGUACGCCCCUGACGACGCCACCCGCACGCUCGAGCUCUUCUCACGACUCUGGGGUUUCCGUCCCAUGCCCGGCACGGUUGCCGAAUUCGACGGGUGGAUCAUGGACUUCAAAGCCGGCGCAAGAGAUCAUCGACACAAAGACAACUAUCAAUGAUGUUCUCGCCACACUCCUCCUUGCAAUCGCCCACCCGUCCCUCGAGAGCUUCAAGGCGUCGUUCACCGAUGAACAGCGCACGCAACGAACUCUCCCCGACAUUGAUUCGCUUGCCGACCGUAUGCGAGUCCAACUUCGGUCAACGAACAUCCUAUUCGAUCAACUCUACUACGUCAGCGAUGUAGUUAUAGCCAAGAGUGAUGAAUGCAUUUCAACAUACCUAUUCGAUCAACUCUACUACGUCAGCGAUGUAGUUAUAGCCAAGAGUGAUGAAUAG